AUGCCUGUUAAACUCGAACGUAAACAUGCUUUUCCCUUGGCAUUGGCUCCGAUACUACUUGCUCUUGGUUUUGUUUUAUUUAAAUUGUAUACAGCAAGCAAAGUUACGAAUCCUGAAACAGGUCGAGUUGCUCGUGUUGCAUUGAGUCCUGAACAAGAACAACGAUUAGGUUUAGAAGCGUAUGCUCAAGUAAAACGAGAUGAAGCAGGAAAAAUUAUUCAAAGUGGACCAGAUGUCGAGUUAGUUAAGCGUGUAACAAAUCGACUUGCACGAGCAGCUGCUGAAAAAGCAGUUGUACAGUACAAUUGGGAAGUGCGUGUGAUUCAAUCACAUGAAAAAAAUGCAUUUUGUCUACCUGGUGGUAAAAUAGUCGUGUAUACAGGCAUCAUCCCAAUAGCUAAAAAUGAAGCUGGAUUGGCAACUGUUCUUGGUCAUGAAAUGGCUCAUGCAACUUCAAGACAUAGUGCUGAAAGACUUUUCCGUUCUCAAAUUGUUCAAACUAUACUAGGAGGUGUACAGGGAAGUAUGAUGGACAUGGAUCCAGCUCAAAGACAAACAAUAAUGGGAGCAUUGGGUGCUGGUGCAAAAUAUGGUGCAACAUUACCAUUUUCACGUAAACAAGAAUCGGAAGCAGAUCAUAUUGGUUUAUUAUAUAUGGCACGUGCUGGUUAUGAUCCACGAGAAGCGAUUGCCUUUUGGCAACGAAUGGAUGAACAACUUGGUAAAGGUUCACCACCAGCAUUUCUUUCUGAUCAUCCAUCACAUAACACACGUAUUGGUCAACUUCAAACAUGGAUGCCAGAAGCUCAAAAAGAAUAUAAUCAACAUCACAAUCGAGCACCAGCCGCUUAG